GUAAAUAACCCUUGCCUGUGACAGACACCUGGACUCCCAUCAGGUGUAUAAGUAUGAGGUCAUUUUUGAAGGAAAAUCAUUUGCAAUCCAGCAUGAUGCACCUUGCAGUUCUCUUGACUUGUAUUGGUCUCAUCUCUGCCACUGUUCUACCCCAGCAGGCAGUGGAGAAUGAGGGGCAGAGUGGGAAGGUUGUAGGUGGGUCCAAUGCACGCCCAAAUACAUGGAAAUGGCAGAUAUCUCUGCAGAAUGAUCACUGGAACAGUGGUGACUUUGCUCACAUUUGCGGAGGAAGCCUUAUUGGUGCCAAUUACGUGAUGACUGCAGCCCACUGUAUCCUCGAUUUGGACGUCAAGAAAUAUCGUGUGGUUUUGGGGGAGUAUGACCUCAGUAAGGCCGAAGGCCGUGAGCAGGUUCGUGCUGUGACAAGGAUUAAAAUUCAUCCUGGCUGGACUGGAGAUCUUGCAACAGGGAAUGAUAUUGCCUUGAUGAAGUUGGACUCUCCGGUCUACGACAAUGGUUAUGUAGCCAUUGCAGAGGUGCCUUACAGUGGUCAAGUUCUGCCCAAUGGCUUUACGUGCUAUAUUACUGGAUGGGGACUUCUGGCUACUGGUGGUUAUAUGCCAGAUGUCCUGCAGGAGGCACCCAUCAGUGUGGUAGACUACACUGUGUGCUCCACUCCUGCAUGGUGGGGCAGUGUGGUCAAGAAAACCAUGGUGUGUGCUGGAGGAGAUGGUUUGACCUCUGGUUGCCAGGGCGACUCUGGUGGACCUCUGAACUGCUUCAGUGAUGACAGUUGGAGGGUUCAUGGUGUAGUCAGCUUUGGCUCUGCUGUAAACUGCAAUCUGUACAGCAAACCAACUGUCUUCACUCGCGUGUCUGCCUUCAUCGACUGGCUAUAUUCUGAAAUGGUGUAAAUGUUUUGUGGCUGUUGAAUAAAAGACCAAGCAAUCUGUAGAACUGUUAAA